GCAUACAAAGAAUGCCUAGGGUAGGAAUGACCUCCGUUUAUAUAAGUCAGCCAGCUGGAAUUUGGGUAUUUCCUAAAACAACGACUUUCAACUAGCACUCUUGCCAAGAACGAUUGAGGUUUCCAGUCGCAGUUGAAGCUCUAGACAAUGGAAAACAGAGUCUACACGGUCUUCGUAAACGUUCUCGUUUGGCUAUCAAUUGCCACAUGCACAUCAUGUUUGGAGCAUGAUGUCGCAAAGGAUCGAGACAAGUGUUCACUCUACACCAGCUGUUGGCAAUGCGUGCAGGAUCCAUGCUCCAGAAAGACCCAAAACGAGCAUUCUACAGACAUAUGUGUCUGGUGCAACGUCCUACCCAACGUAGGAAGUGGAUGCAUAUCACGUCAAAAAGAUAAUCCAUGUGGUCAAAAAUCAAAAAAGUACACAAAUCAGUGCAUCGACAAUAUAUCAUCAAUUAUUCCACAAAAAAGCUGUAGGCCAAUAGUAACUGAUGCUUACAUUGUUCACAUCGAAACUCUGAGAGACGACAUUUCCGGAAUGAUACAAACAGUACCCGGAAUUCAAAACUUCGACGUGUCGAUCGGACUCUGCAAACCUCUAGAAAGAGCAAGGAUGUCACAGACGUGUGGACAGCACACUCCAAUCGAAGUGAUAGAGAGUGACACUUGGCUAACCACGCCCAUGCCGGAGAGACCGGACCGCUGCUGGGACAUAGGGCAGAUCACCGACGUCAGUCCGAUUCUUGUCGAGCAUUCCAAUCCUCAAGCAGGAGUCGCUCUAGACUUUGGUCAAACGUUAUGUUGCUCUGCCAAUCUGACAGCAACAGACGUCAGUGUUCUUCUCAAACCAAAUGACUGUCACAAAAAUUCGAUUACCGCAGCUGUCACUGCAGGAAACUUGGAAAUUCUGGCUGAUUGCUCUAAUACAAACAAAAGUCUGCAGAUUGAGGUGCAAACCUCUGUACUCUGUGACACAAACAUAGAAUGGCGCUUAUCUGUGAGAGACACGACUGUCCAUUGCAAUCACAGCGAAUCAGACGAACUUUACUGCAAAAUUAAAUUAAAAACGAGGAAUGCGACCGUUCAAAGUCAGCCUUCAAUGUACUGCAAACACUCAUUGAAACUUUGGAUAGUGUACGCUAACGGGUCCGAGGUCAAUGCGACAGUUGAGUACGCAAACGACUCUCAUGACGUUUGUACUUUCGGUCUGAAGUCUCAAGAUGUUUGCAAAUUGUCAGUCGUAUACACCUAUGCCUCGGCCUCGCCUCAAGUUAUAAAAAUUAACGGACAAAAUGAAUAUACAGUUGAGACUUGCAAUACAACUCCAACAAAAACUAUAAUUGCAAUAACGUUAACGACCAUUGGUGUCGUUGUCUUUCUUCUAUUGGGUGUAUUGGUGCUGGUAAUAAGAAGGAGAACUAAAGCUUCUAAAAAAGUAUUGGGACACAACAAAACAUCAGACAAUAACUCUGCUGAUUUUGACUCUGUAGUGCAACUCAAUGGAGAAGUCAACAACAAUGAGAGCAACUGCAAUCAACCACAAUGUUGUGUAACAUUAGACAAUGAUGAGCCUCAAUUUUUGACAACUAAUGCAAGUUCAAGACCUAAAGAAAACACAUCUCUUCUACACGUAGAAUUUAGCGGUUCGUAUUCCAAGGACUACGGAAUUACAAGUACGCAUGUUACUACAGGGAAUAAGAGUAACACACAAGACACUAGGGAUGAUACCGUUCAAGUUAGUGUUAGUGCAGGAGUCGGAUUUUCCAAAUCCAUGGUCAAGGAACCAAAUGAGUCCAAAUCAUUCUGUACUGCAAUGCAAGAUCAGAAUGUAGAGUGCAUUCAAGAAACAGAAAAGAACACUAGCAUAAUAUGAAAUGAAAAACAUUAGAUUUGAACUUUUUUUGGUGUAUUUCUUUGAUCUUUUGACAUAAUGCCAUAUUUCUUAAGACGACGCGACAUUUAGUACAAUGUUAGUACAAACAAGAAUACUCAUGA